AGAUUCGAAGCGCAUUACUCUAAUUUGACCAAUCUAUCUAGGGUUUCUCUGGUCACUUGAAGCUUCUCCCUUAAACCUGGUCUCACUCGUCAACCUCUUCCUCUUUUCCCCCUGUCGCCCAAGAUUGAAUCUUUUUUCAGUCAGUUCUGGCUUCACCGGAUAAUUAAGGAAUUCAGUAAGAUAUAAGUUCAUUCUGACAACAUGGAGACUAAGAAUGAGAAUUCUGAUGUUUUACACGCUGAGGAGUUCAAAAAUCAGGCUAACGAAGCUUUCAAAGGUCAUAAAUACUCCAAUGCAAUUGAUCUUUAUACAAAAGCUAUUGAACUCAACAGCAACAACGCUGUGUAUUGGGCAAACCGUGCAUUUGCUCACACAAAACUGGAAGAAUAUGGCAGUGCAAUACUGGAUGCAUCAAAGGCCAUUGAAAUUGAUUCAAGAUACUCUAAGGGAUAUUACAGGCGUGGUGCUGCUUAUCUUGCCAUGGGAAAAUUUAAGGACGCCUUGAAGGAUUUCCAACAGGUAAAAAGGUUUUCUCCUAAUGACCCCGAUGCCACAAGAAAGCUAAGAGAAUGUGAGAAAGCAGUGAUGAAACUCAAAUUUGAAGAAGCAAUCUCCGUCCCAGUAGCUGAAAGGCGUUCAAUAGCUGAGUCCAUUGACUUCCACACAAUAGGGAACAACCCCAGAUCAUCAUUCAUGCCCACCAAAACGGCUCUAGCAGCAGUUGUUGCAGCAGUAAUGGUGGUGGCGGUCCGGGGAUUUGCCACAACUGAGAUACUCAUGGUGUUGGUUUCGGUGGUAUUAGGGACGUUUUGGUGGGGUAGCUCUGGUAAGGUUGAGCCACAGUAUUCUGGUGCUAGGAUUGAGGGAGAAGAAGUUUCUUUGGAUUUUGUGAAAACGAUGAUGGAAGAUUUCAAGAACCAAAAAACAUUGCAUAAACGGUACGCAUAUCAAAUCGUCUUACAAACAAGACAAAUCUUGCUAGCACUGCCAUCUCUUAUCGACAUUAGCGUUCCGAAUGGCAAACAUAUCACUGUAUGUGGUGAUGUUCAUGGUCAGUUCUAUGAUCUACUAAAUAUCUUCGAGCUCAAUGGCCUUCCUAGUGAGGAGAAUCCAUACCUCUUCAAUGGUGACUUUGUGGACAGAGGCUCAUUCUCUGUUGAGAUCAUUCUCACACUAUUUGCUUUCAAGUGCAUGUGCCCAUCAUCCAUUUAUCUAGCCAGAGGAAACCAUGAAAGCAAGAGUAUGAACAAAAUUUAUGGUUUUGAGGGAGAGGUUCGGUCCAAGUUGAGUGAAAAAUUUGUGGAUCUCUUUGCUGAAGUUUUCUGUUACCUACCACUGGCUCAUGUUAUAAAUGGGAAGGUCUUCGUGGUACAUGGAGGUCUCUUCAGUGUUGAUGGCGUGAAACUCUCAGACAUCAGAGCCAUUGACCGAUUCUGUGAGCCUCCGGAGGAAGGACUGAUGUGUGAACUGUUGUGGAGUGAUCCUCAACCUCUCCCUGGAAGAGGCCCAAGCAAGCGAGGAGUUGGUCUAUCAUUUGGUGGAGAUGUAACAAAGAGGUUUUUGCAAGAUAACAAUCUAGAGUUGUUGGUCCGCUCACAUGAAGUAAAAGAUGAAGGCUAUGAGGUUGAGCAUGAUGGAAAACUUAUCACCGUCUUCUCUGCACCGAAUUACUGUGAUCAGAUGGGUAACAAGGGGGCUUUCAUUCGUUUUGAAGCUCCUGAUAUGAAGCCAAAUAUUGUUACAUUCUCAGCAGUGCCUCACCCGGAUGUGAAGCCAAUGGCAUAUGCAAACAAUUUUCUCAGGAUGUUCAACUAACCAGCAAAAAGUGUCUUCUACUCGAAUGAUAUGCUAAAGGCUCAAGACCAAAAGCGUUUCAGAAGCAUAAUGAUAUAAGUUUCUUUUCCUUAUCUUCUCCAGUUUUUCAUGUUGUUCCAUAAAGGGAGCCCAUGAUAAUUAAAGGUACAGUAUCCGGAUUUGAUCGGUUUUUCCUUUUUGAUAAAGAUGUUCCCUCUUCCUUUAAGCUCAUCCAGCAACUUUGGUCCCUUUUGUCUUAUGUUGUAAGAGGGGUAAUGGAUCAUUCUUAUUUUAGAUGAAAGUCUUGUGAUUUACCAACGAAAGAGUGACCAAAUGACCCCCAAAAACUCUCUGUAUUUAGAUGGUUUCUUGAAUCAAAAAUCGAAACAUGGUUUUGUUUAGCUU